AUGCAACUUGAAGCAGAAUUCAUGUCGAUAGCUCGAGGACUUGUCACCUAUGGAGCAUCAUUCUUCGACGUUGAUGUUUUUACGAAAAAGAAUACGGGAACUGGACAUGGUUUGGUGGGAGUGAAUGAUCAUGGUCUCCAUAUUAUUAUCAAGAAAACGUGGACCGUCAAGAAUUUUCGAUUCGACGAAUUCACGGCGGUGGCCAGGGAUAGUAAGACACUGGAGAUUGACGCUCAACGAAUACGUGAUACAGUAUACAUAUUGGUCUCAACACAAAUCAAAUUUCUCAGUGGAAUCCUUCAAAAAUUCCAGGAUGAUUUCUCAAGACGACGAUGA